AUGACAGCCAUAGACCUCAACGCCUCCGAGCUUCCCGACGAUGUUCGCAUCCUGGGCUACGAUCCCCUCAUCCCACCUGCCCUCCUCGCCGCCGAGAUCCCCAUACCCUCCAACGCCGGCAAGACAGUCCUCCAAGGCCGCCGCGACGCCAUCAACGUGAUCAGCCAGAAAGAUGACCGUCUCCUCGUCAUGGUCGGGCCCUGCUCGCUGCACGACCCUGACCUCGCCCUCGAAUACUGCAAACGCCUCGUAGAUCUGUCCAACAAGCUCAAGCAAGAUCUGGUCAUCAUCAUGCGCGCCUACCUCGAGAAGCCUCGCACGACAGUUGGCUGGAAGGGCCUGAUCAACGACCCGGACAUUGACAACAGUUUCCAGAUCAACAAGGGUCUGCGCGUAAGCAGACAGUUGUACUGUGAUCUGACAAGCCUGGGUAUGCCAAUUGCGAGUGAGAUGUUGGAUACCAUCAGCCCGCAGUUCCUGGCCGACUUGAUCUCGCUAGGUGCCAUUGGCGCGCGGACGACUGAGUCACAGCUACAUCGCGAGCUGGCCAGCGGUCUGUCCUUUCCUAUUGGAUUCAAGAACGGCACUGAUGGAGGUGUGAGCGUCGCGGUUGACGCGAUCGGAUCAGCAGCUGCACAGCACCACUUCAUGGGUGUGACGAAGCAGGGGCUAGCGGCGAUCACCAAGACGAGCGGGAACAAGGACUGUUUCGUGAUCUUGCGUGGAGGGAGCAAGGGAACAAAUUACGACGCCGAGAGUGUGAAGGUAGUCAAAGAGACGCUGGCGAAGAAAGGACUCCCGCAGGUAAUGAUGGUCGAUUGCUCGCAUGGAAACUCGCUCAAGGAUCACCGCAAUCAGCCCAAGGUUGCGGAUGCUAUUGCACAGCAGCUGAAGGCUGGCGAGGAUGCCAUUGUGUCUGUCAUGAUUGAGUCGAAUAUUGAGGAGGGCAACCAGAAGGGCGACGGUAAGGGGCUUGAUGCUCUGAAGAAGGGCGUCAGUAUCACCGACGCCUGCAUCAACUGGGACACGACCGUCGAUGUUCUCGAGAACCUCGCCGAAGCAGUCCGCGCACGACGGGAGCUGAAGAAGACGGCGACCAACGGCGCGCACUAG